UGUACACAAAAGGCUCAAGUCUCAACUUUACCAAAACGACAACUGAACCAAGCCAAAUCGAGAUUAUUUUAUCUAAAUUUGAUUUAACUGGUCUUAAAAUCAAAUACAAUGCCCUAUGAAAUCCAUUGCUAUAAAUCUGCCUAGGCUGGCAAUUUAUGUAUGUUUUCGUAAAUUGAUGAGACAACUCCACUGAUCUGUCAAAAUAACUCAUUAAUACCACAAACCCAUUAAGACGCCUUAUCUACCGGAAGGAAUAUGUUAAAGAUAUUGAUUUAUGGGUACAGUUUGCAACCAAACUUGCUAGAAAGUUUUGCUAUUGAAUUUCACUUUGUCGAUGGCAUAUAUGAUUUUCCUCACUUUGCAUUUAAGAAUGCGUCGCUGAGGAAUUUGGUUUUACGCAACCUUGAAUUGAACCCUUCUGGUAGUGUAAACUGGCCUAGUCUCGUUUCUCUUUCAAUUGGGCACCUGGAUUUGACAUAAAGUGCCUUGGAGAAGGUAUUAUCUGGUUGCCCUAACUUGGAGUGCUUAAAACUAGAUCAAGUUUCGGGCAUACAUCGUCUGGAAAUCAGCAGUGCCAAGCUGAGAAAAUUGAUCAUAAAAGACUACUAUAAUUGGAAUCAUGACCUUUGGCUUGAAAUAUUAGCCCCAUUUAUUCAAACUUUGCAACUUUUAGGGCAGUGCAGUAAUGUAUGUGUGCCACGUAAAAAUGUACCUUCACUUGUCACUGCAGUCUUUCGUUUAGAUCGUUUAGGUUUUCAUUUUGAUGAGGAAGACAAUGAUGACGUAGAUGCCACCUUGGAGAAGCAGUAUAGCAAUAUGAAGGAACUUCUUCACAGUGUUGCUCAUGUCGAGAAUCUUGAAUUGAGUUUCUGGUGCAUCCAGAACCGGCUGUUAGGUUACACAAAUGAGGAUGAACAGAGCAGGAGGUUUGAGACAUAUAAUUUUGACUACUCAUUGCUACGUCUGAAGACCAUCAAGAUCACUAACUUUGGUGGACCACUGUAUGGAAAUAAAUCUCUAUUGCCAUUUCUAGAAUAUUUGCUAAAGAAAGGAACAGUGCUAGAAAAAUUCAUCAUUGCUGCCAAAUUUGAAGGAUGUGAUGUGCCUCAAUAUUAUGUUAAAAUGGCCCAGGAGUUCCACAGCUUUCCAAGUUCCUCCACACACGCUUUAGUUGUCUUUUCUUAUUGAUAAGCUUUGGCCUCUAUAGUUUGACUCCGUUGCAACUUACCUAACUGUUGUUACUUUAUGUCUAAGUAACAAUGUGUUUAUUUUCUUAUCGUCAUGUAAGAUAGUUUAAAUGUUUGUUAUUAUUAUUCAUACUGUUGAGUUGAUCGCGUUCUAUUACAAUGAAAAUUUAAGGCUGAAAAUCA